CUCCAACUUCUCCUCCAGCCUGGGUUCGAGGGGUACAAUCGGCCCACGUGGGUCCAGCGACUCGAAUCACGCAUCAAACCAUUUCGCGAGAUACGCUUCGGGAGGUACACCACCCACAUGAUGUUCACGGCCAUGUUCGAAACCGCCGCACGUAUGAACCUCGGUGAUUCUGCUCAAGAAUACCUAUCGACGGCGAUCCGAACUUGCGUCCAAACCGCCGAUGGACAGCCUGAGAGGGACAGAGAGAUGAUAUUGGCGAAGGAGCUGCAGAAGCUAGCGACGACGUGGGUGGGGUACAUGUUGUGGCCCUUCGCCACGGCCGCCGUCAUGAAUAUCAUGGAACCCGAGGAGAUAUCUGAAGCCGCCACUGCGCCAGGCUCCGGCACUGACACGCCAACUUCUUCCAUCAUCAGUCUACCGAAGAACAGGGUCUCGUCGCUGAGAGAUCAUGUUCUGCUUCGUGAUCGCUUUAUGUGUUUCUUUUCCGGCGCUGUCGACCCGACGUGUCCCACGGCACACCGUUCUAGACUACAGUACAAGUAUAAGACUAAGUUGAACGCAGCACACAUAUUCAAGCGUGCUGUAGCGACCUUUCACGAAGGGUCCACAGAUGCGGAGGCAAGUCAUUCAUGCUUGUCUCUCGAAACUACCCUGACGAUCUUGAAGAAUUAUUGUCGGGUUGAGCGGUCCAUGCAGCUCAUAAUCGACACGACAGACGAUCCUCAGAACGCCAUUCUGCUGUCCCCGGAAACCCAUUCCGACUUCGAUGCCUUUGCGUGGUGCCUGAAGACUACAGAGGCACCCCACCGCUACGAAAUUUGUCGCAUGUCGGGAUACGAGGGGCGCGACCCUGUGCAAGAGUACGUCACAUUCGAGGACCACAGCGCCGAGUUCAGCGCUUCCGAACAGGCCGCUAUGUCCUCCGUGUUCAGCAAGUCUGGCACUCGCAAGCGGGGAAGUAGUGCCACGGGCAUCGAUCUCCCCAACCCGGAGCUGCUGCGGAUGCAUUGCGCACUCACGCACGUCCUGCAUCUCAGCGGGGCCGCAGGGCUGUUCGAUGCGCUCAGAGAGCCUGGAAACGAGGACGGCUCUGCGGGCGCGGGCGCGGCAGUGGCUGGGACAGGAGAUGCUUUCCAGAAGCAUGUGGUCGACGAAGAC